CUUCUGUUGUGGUGGGAACCAUAUAAACCCAUGGAACAACCUCCAAGAUCAUUUGUAAGUAGGGUGGUAGAAAAGAGACCCACUCCCAUAGACGUGAAAAUCCGAUUUGAGUGAGAAACCUCGUGUAAUUCACAUUCAAAGUGAACGAGGAGUGGUGGUGUGUGCAUUCUGAAAUGGAUAACGUGAUGAUGAUUUUUUGUUCGAGUUUGUGGAUUCUCCUCUGGAGCAGCUGUAAAGUGCUGUCACUCGAAGAACCGCAACAAGAGAUCUAUUUGCAUCCGAGAAAUUUCAAUCCCCAUCCAUACGAAGUGGACAAUUCGAGAUCACAUUCUGCCAGAGGUCCAAUUUUGUUUCCACCAUCCCCGGCGCCUGAAACAGAAGGAAGCAAUUUUAUAAAAAUCGACAAUACCAGGAAAAAUCAGCAUCCUGUUGAUAGUCAUCCUUAUCCUAAGUUGGUCAGGAAGCAUAAGUAUAGGAAUCCUGGUAGACAUCAAGAAUUUGAAAACCAGAUCAAUCCACAAGUUGCGAAAGCUUUGGAAGGUACUGCAAAAAAAGUUCUAGGGCGUUCGAGGUUGGGCCAUGAUGACAGCUCUUCUACGGAACAAAAGAACUACGCGUUCUCCUACAAAGUGGUGGACCAUUUGACGGGAGAUGACUUCUCUCACACGCAGUCCCAGAACGAGAGGGCAACGAGAGGAGAAUACAGAGUGAAAUUGCCAGACGGCAGGGUGCAAAUUGUGUCAUACACCGCCGAUAAAAACGGCUACAAAGCAGACGUUAAAUAUCAGGACGUCGCGACGCAACCGCAACACGGGAAUAAUGGUCCAGAUAAGGGGAGCAGGUUCGAAUCCUACAGGAACACAGAGUUUAACGAUCUCGCAGAUGGGAGGUAUACGUUCGAUCAUAGAGGCGAGGGGGAGAGGGCGACAUCUGCCGUUCCUAUUCACGAGAAUCGCAUAGAGGAUUACGAUUAUGGUCACAGAAACGGGAAGGUGGUUUACGUGUCGUCGCCGACGCCAACGCCAUCUGCACAGGAUAUUUUUGGAGUGACCCAGCCAACGUACCAAAGUUUUCAACCCACAGCAUCCCAUCAGGACCAACUAUACCAAUCUCUGGAUUACGAAGAAGCCCUCCAAAGGAACCACCACCACCAGCUCCAAUCACCCCAUCGGUUUCAGAUAAUUCCGCAUAAUAAAGUACAAAUUGUCAAUCAGGGUGCUCCGUCCUUCAGUUCUACCACGGCAGCCCCCUCCUAUUUGGAGGAUUCAGGAAUAAUUUUGUCCACCCCUGGACCCCAUUUCUCCAGCGAUUACCCCCACGUUUUCGUGAAAAGUCUCAGUGGCGUAUAUUCGAAGAAGUGAGAGAGAGAAUGUGCUUAGAAAAUUUUUGGUGACUGUCUAUGUGUAGAUUUUUACGUAAGCUGAUAUGAGUGUAUGAAUUUUUUCAGAGAAACUAUUGAUAAUUCAGAGAGAAAUUGGAAUUAUAUUUUUUUAUACACAUGAUAUGUUAUUGAU